GGGGCCGAGCAGGAGCUGGAACUGGAGUGUGAGCCGGCGGUUGCAGCGGAGGCGGUGAUGUCGGUGCAGGUCGUGUCAGCAGCGGCUGCCGCGAAGGUGCCUGAGGUGGAGCUGAAGGACCUGAGCCCCACCGAGGUGGAUCCACAACUGGGACUGAGCACGGCGGCCGUGAGCGCCAUGGCCCCCCCGGCGGGUGGCGGGGACCCCGAAGCUCCAGCUCCCGCCGCGGAGCGGCCCCCGGCCCCUGGCCCCGGCUCGGGGCCCGCCGCUGCUCCCAGCCCUGCGGCGGGGAAAGUGCCUCAGGCGUCGGCCAUGAAGCGGAGCGACCCUCAUCACCAGCACCAGCGGCACCGCGACGGCGGCGAGGCCCUAGUCAACCCCGACGGCACCGUCACCGAGGCGCCGCGCACGGUCAAGAAGCAGAUCCAGUUUGCUGACCAGAAGCAAGAAUUCAACAAACGUCCCACCAAAAUUGGACGUCGCUCUCUGUCUCGCUCCAUUUCUCAGUCAUCUACUGACAGCUACAGCUCAGCGGCUUCCUAUACAGAUAGCUCUGAUGAUGAGACAUCUCCCAGGGACAAGCAGCAAAAGAACUCUAAGGGAAACAGUGACUUCUGUGUCAAGAACAUCAAACAGGCGGAGUUUGGACGAAGAGAAAUUGAAAUUGCUGAACAAGAAAUGCCGGCACUGAUGGCUUUGAGGAAGAGAGCUCAAGGAGAAAAACCUUUGGCUGGAGCCAAAAUUGUGGGCUGCACACACAUCACUGCUCAGACUGCUGUGCUUAUGGAAACUCUGGGUGCUCUGGGGGCCCAGUGCCGAUGGGCUGCCUGCAACAUCUAUUCCACUCUCAAUGAAGUGGCUGCUGCUCUAGCAGAAAGCGGAUUUCCUGUCUUUGCCUGGAAAGGAGAGUCAGAAGAUGACUUUUGGUGGUGCAUUGAUAGAUGUGUGAAUGUGGAGGGCUGGCAGCCAAAUAUGAUCUUGGAUGAUGGAGGGGAUCUUACUCACUGGAUUUAUAAGAAGUAUCCCAACAUGUUUAAGAAAAUCAAGGGCAUAGUAGAAGAGAGUGUUACUGGAGUCCACAGGCUGUACCAGCUAUCCAAAGCUGGGAAGCUGUGUGUUCCAGCCAUGAAUGUCAAUGACUCAGUCACCAAACAGAAAUUUGACAACCUCUACUGUUGCCGUGAAUCAAUUCUUGAUGGACUUAAAAGGACAACAGACAUGAUGUUUGGUGGAAAGCAGGUGGUGGUCUGUGGCUAUGGAGAGGUGGGGAAGGGGUGCUGUGCUGCCUUGAAAGCCAUGGGCUCCAUUGUCUAUGUAACCGAGAUUGACCCCAUCUGUGCUCUUCAAGCCUGCAUGGAUGGAUUUCGACUGGUGAAAUUAAAUGAGGUCAUCCGACAAGUGGAUAUUGUUAUUACCUGUACAGGUAACAAAAAUGUGGUAACCAGAGAGCACUUGGACCGUAUGAAGAAUAGCUGCAUCGUUUGUAACAUGGGCCAUUCCAACACGGAGAUUGAUGUGGCAAGUCUGCGGACACCAGAACUGACCUGGGAACGAGUGAGAUCCCAAGUGGACCAUGUCAUAUGGCCUGAUGGCAAGAGGAUAGUGUUGCUGGCAGAGGGCCGCCUGCUGAACCUAAGCUGCUCCACAGUGCCUACAUUUGUGCUCUCAAUCACCGCUACUACUCAGGCUCUUGCCUUGAUAGAGCUGUACAACGCUCCUGAGGGUCGCUAUAAGCAGGAUGUCUACCUGUUGCCCAAGAAAAUGGAUGAGUAUGUGGCCAGCCUACACCUGCCCACCUUUGAUGCCCACCUGACAGAGCUGACAGAUGAACAGGCCAAGUAUCUGGGACUCAACAAGAAUGGGCCGUUCAAGCCUAAUUACUACAGGUAUUAAGUUCCUGUAACUCAAGCCAGAAGAAGUUUUAAGGAAUAGUACUCCAAGUCUUUACCCCGCUCCUGUACGGGAAAGAACCUAGCAAGCUGCUUCUCCAAUCAGCUACCUGCCGUGCUCACCAUAUAUGUUAGGUUAUUUAUUUAUUAAAAUCUAGAAUCCUGUGCCUGUUGCCUUGGCCCAAAGUGUGGUUACUGCCCGGAGGGCUGUCAGAGCCGCAGAGGACAGGCUGAGGAAGGAAAGAAAGGGGUAACCAUUCCCAGUGCAUUUUUGCAUUAUUCUCCAUUGGCUCUGAAUCCUCAGCAGUGGCCAUUUUUCUCUUGUCCAGGCUCAGGAGUCAGUCCAGGGAUUCCGCACUCCUUGUUCCCUGGGGUUUUGGGGAAGAAAUUUUCAGCAGCUGCCUUUCUCAGCUUUGGCCCAUCCCCAGGUAAGGCCUUGUAGAAGCCACUGAAUUAAUAUGGCCUAGGUUCCCAGCCUUGACCAUCACUGUCACUGCCUUCUUUGUAAAAUGGCUAGAAGGAAGGAGUAUUAUGGCUUUGCCAAGCUACACCAAGAACUCAGCCGUGCCUGUGCAUACUGGGAGCCUCCUUCUUUACCCAGGACUUCUUUCUUCUCCUUGAAUAUUUAUGUCCAUUUUAACACUUUUGGGUUCCAAGAGGAAUGUGCCUCCGUUAUUUCCUCAGCAGCUCUGAUGUUUGUCAGACAUUUGUUCUGCCGUCUUUCUAACCCAACUUACCUCUGUUUAGGAAGUGGGGGCCAGCCCCAAAGCGGCCCAUAGUUUUACAUCCUUGUCACUUACCUGGAUAGUUUCCCAGGAAGCUCCCUGCAAAUUGGCACUAUCUCAGAAAAGCAGGGCUUGUUGUGAAACACUGCUUCCUGAAAAUUCCUCUUAUUGCCUAAAACUACUUCUGAAACUGAGCAGGGAAAGGCACACUUUCCAAGGGAUUUGGGGCUGUAGGGCUUCGGAAAUGGGACAGGUCUUUCAGGCACACAGCUUGACACCCUAAAGAAGCAGAAUGUAUUUAUUUGUUUUCUGGGAAGGGCUUUGCAGCUUAACUUGCUAAGCUACACAGAAAUGACACUGUAAACUGUGUCCAGAUGAUCAAAGCUAGUUUGAACCUCAUCAGACAUUCAUCUCUUAGGCCAUUGCCAUUGAUGAAACUAAGAUCUAAUUUCUCUGCAAUUUGAUCUAUGGUCUUUCUUCUCUGUUGGGAUAUCUUUUUAUGUUCUGGCCUCUUCCAUCUUAGCAUUCUGUAUUUCAGAGGUCAUUUCUUGAGUAACUCCAACAUCACAAAAAAAUUAGUAAUGUGAGCAGCCUGAAAUUUUAUGUUCCACCUAAAGAGUUUGAUUCAUUUUGGAGACUGACCUGUUGGUCUUAUGCGUUCCGUUGGAACCAGAUUCGUUCUUAGAAUUAAAGUCUAGAGUGGCCCUAUGAAUUUUGAAUGAAAUGAAUCCCUUUUCCCUCUGCCAACCCUAAUUACACUGUCAGGUUUUUUUGUUUCCCCAUUUUUUCCCUAUCCUGGUCUGAUUCAAAGUCUCAAGACCAAGGUGACUCAAGGAAACACCAGACCACCCAGGAUCACUGUAACCUUCUCCCCCUAAUUCUCCUCCCCAACCUCCACCUUCUCCAACUUACCCUGAUCUUCACAUGUCUCUUCAGAGCUAGUCUGAAAGUGACUUUCCUUUUGGGGGUAAGGAGGUGGACCUUAGGUAAGUGGCUGUUUGCCUCGUUAAAUAAUAUAUAGGCUCAGCCCAUAAGGUCUGGUUCCUCAGAGGCCAUAUGUCUUACCAAGUACUAGAGAAAGGCCACAUACAUGGCGAUAUUCUUUCAUGAAGAUCAUAAAUGCUGAAAAUUCCACCAGACCAUUUAAUUUUUCAAUUUGCCUACUCAGUUCUGAUUUCUGUAUUAAUUAAUAGGAUCCCUCUUACAAAAGAUUCAGAUCUUUGUACCUCCUCUUAUAUCCACAGUAGAUUCCAUUAGGCAGAUAAUCUGGACUCUAGCCUAUUAUGUUCUUAGGCCAGAAAUCAUAACCUGCUGUUUCUCUGCAAAGCCUGUCUCUCCUUGGAGCUUACUAUGUGCUGAUCCUGACAUGUUCUGCCUUGCUGUAGUGAAGAGAACAAUUCCACAUGAAAAAGGAGGCACACUAGGCUUCUAGAUUAGAUUGCCGUUGUUGCCGCCCAUGGUGAGAUGUUUGCCUGUGAGUGUCGAUGACUUCUGCUUUCUUUCUGGGAACCCUGUGUCAUCAACCAUUAAGAAUAAGGAGGCCCAGGCCUCCUGAAUAUUUGGGUUUUACUUUAGUGUUGGAAUUUGAUCAUUAUUCCCUCCACCCUUGGAAUCAGAACAAAUACAUCUUUUCUCAAGCUCUCACCUUAGAUGCAUCCUAGAUAUCUGGAAGAAUGGGAAAGAAGUCUAAUUCUCUCUUUGUGUGUGGCCCUGGCUUACCAUUUCCCUGUGAUGAAUUUGUGCUAGUCUUCAAGGUCGUUUUUUGCCUUCUUAAUGGAACUAUUGUUUUCUUUUUCUCAUUAUUUAAAAAAAAUAAAAGUUACCUGGUCUACCUUCCUUCUGUCCGCCUACCUCCUCAUCCUGCCCUCCCAUAUGAGCAAGGCUCCCCAUGGCCACAUAGUCCUGCAAAGCUUUUUUGCUGCUUGUUUUUUCUUUGAACAGAUAUGAAAUUGCUGCUCCUGUGGGUUUUUUCAAAAUUAACUUUGUCAUGGUUUUAAAAAAGAAAUCAAAAUGCAUUGUUGCAUUAAGCGUUUUUAAUAAAGGAAAAUUAUGGAAAGAAAAUAGGUAACACCAGCAAUUAUAUGUGGACAAGUUCUAAACUAUAUAUACAUACAUAUAUACAUAUAUAUACUAUAUAAAAUAAUCAUCUAGUUCUCAUUGUCAUCUUACUGAAAGGAAAUAAAACCUCUUAAGGAUCACCAUUUCUGAGAGGCUCCUGGAAAUCUUUAUGUCUAAGUGAUUGUAUUAGAUCAGCAAUAAUGAAUAUGUAAUCUCAAAAGAUAAAUAAAAUAUUCUUAAAAC